AUGCCCCCCCGUUCCCAGGCUGGUAGGAUUACCGCCUUCAUGCGAGAGACCGCCCAGCCUUUCCUUCAUGGGCAGGAUAUUACCAUCUGUAGCUACCGAUAUAUUGCUAUUGCUAUUGCUAAAAAGUACCUCGUUUCGCAGGCAACGCCAGCUGAUUGGAGAAUUGCCACCGCGGCUCUCAGUAAUAUCCUAGCUGCGCAGGCAGAUCAUUAUAGCCACAUUAACGAACAGGUCUAUGCCGUAGACGUCAGCCAGCCAUUCGGCCUAACGCCGGGCCGGAUUGAGCAGUUCGCCGUGCGCCAGCAUAUCGAGCACCACACGAGCCAUGCCCUGCUGAGUGCGGCGGACCGCCAGACCAUCCAGUCCCUAGCGGUCCAGUCUCCUCUCGACGUCUGGUACCGUCUCCUGGCCCAGGAGCCCCCUAUCGCCCCUUUCCCGAGGCUGCCCCAAUGGGAGGCAUUGCCCUGUCAAUAUAUCUUCCGGAUGCAGCGGGCCGCUGGAGAGAUGUCUGCUGACCAAGGGCCUCCCCAGCAAGCGGACCACCCGGGAACCAGAUACCCAGGCUGCGGCAUCUUCGUGGCCCGGCCUCAGGAGUCUACGACCGCGCUCAGCCAGCAGUAA